UCAUUUCCCUCUCUUCAGUAGUGAUGAAUUGGCUCUAUCACCACCACUGAAUAAGCUCAGACGCUCAUAGUAUAUUGGGUUUUUUUCUUCUUCGAUAUUUUUCUCAUUCUCAAGUUCUACGCUGAGUUCUUGGCUCUUGAAGCUGCAAAGGAGGAGCUAGGGAUGAAGAACAUAUUUUAGCUGUAGACUACUAACUUGACUUUUUUAUUUCAAGCGAAUAUGACACCUGUAAUGCCAUGUUCUAUAAGCGGCGCUUCACUUAUUCCUGGAACUGCAUUUACAACAAGGAAGAACAAUCGUUUGGCAAGAUUUAGUUCGUCAAGGAAGCCCACAAAACUUGCACCAUCCACCCAGAAGUAUCUUCUAUCUGUGUCAACUUCUAUUAAAUUGUUCCCUCAAUAUAGCAGGGGAUGUUCUUUACAUCAUAUAUCUGGAAUCCAGAGAUUAUCAGCCACAGGAACUGAUGUGGCAGUGGAAGAACCAGAUUCACCCAUCGUAGAUGAAGAUUCUGGUGGAGCAUCAGAAGUUCCAACUGGUGCGGUUGGAAGUGGUGAAAGUUCCUCCAAUGAAUCAGAAGCCAGUCCUGCCUCAACUACGUCAAGACGAACAAGACCUGUUAGGAAAAGUGAGAUGCCACCUUUAAAGAAUGAAGAACUGGUUCCUGGUGCAACUUUUACAGGGAAAGUAAGAUCAAUCCAGCCAUUUGGUGCUUUUGUUGAUUUUGGAGCUUUCACCGAUGGCCUGGUGCAUGUUUCCAGGUUGAGUGAUAGCUACGUUAAAGAUGUUGGGAGUAUUGUUUCUGUUGGGCAAGAGGUGAAGGUGAGAUUAGUUGAAGCAAACACCGAAACUGGACGGAUUUCUCUCUCUAUGCGUGAAAGUGAUGAUACUAGUAACCUCAGGCAACAGAAAGAUGGUCCUGCUAGUGGUGAUAAGGCAGGACCUGCCAAAAGGAAUGUUUCAAAGCCCAGCCAAAGGAGAGGUGACGCGAGGAAAAGCUCAAAAUUUGUCAAGGGGCAGGACCUAGAGGGCACAGUGAAGAAU